CUUCUCAUGCGCACUACGUCGAACAGGCCGGGGUCCGGGUGAGAACAAUGGCGCACCUUUACCCGCAUCUGAGGCUCCAUCAGGUGUUUGGGGCCAAUACAGACGUAGGCAAGACGAUCCUGACGACGGCCCUGGCCAUCGCGAGCGCUGCUGUCCCGCGCAACCCAACCGCCGCGCCGACUUGGCAGACCGACGACCGGGGCCGCGUCCAGCCUCACAGCGACGGUGAUCGGGUUCACUAUGUCAAGCCAGUUUCGACAGGUGCGGCCACCGAUGCUGACGAUCUGCACAUCAAGCGCUUCUCGCCCUCGACGGACGCAAAGACGCUCUACCAGUUCAAGCAGGCUGUCUCGCCGCACGUGGCCGCUUCGGGAGCCGGCCUGACCGAUGGCGAAGUCCUCAGGCGGAUCUCGGAUCAUCUGCAUCAGUGCGCUGCUACUGCCUCUGCCUCUGCAUCCCCGUCGUCGGUCGCGUACCUCGAGACCGCCGGUGGUGUCCACAGCCCUUCGCCGUCUGGCUCGAGCACAGCGCACCUGCUCCGACCACUGCGCCUGCCCACGAUCCUCAUCGGUGACUCGUUGCUCGGCGGUAUCUCGACGACUCGAGCAGCCUACGACGCCCUCGUGCUUGCAGGCCACGACGUACAGGCGCUCCUCCUGUUUGCCGACGCAGGACGAGGACUGGGCAAUGCCGAGUACCUGACCAAAUGGGGCCGCGACAUCGGUCUGCCCGUCUGGGCUCUGUCUGGUCCCUCUGGAGGCGACCUCUGGGGCCUUCCUCCGGCGAAGCAUGCGAGUACGGCAGAGGAUGAGCAGAACAUGCUGGCCUACUACCGUGGCCUCGUGCAGGGCAGAGGCAGCGAGCGAGCGUCGGCGGAUGAGAGCCCAAACGGCCUCGUCGACGCGGUCCGGUAUCUCCGCAAGGCACACGAAGACCGUCUGGCCGAUCUGCAUAGCAUGGCUUCGCGCACGAGGGAAUCCUGCUGGUGGCCAUUUACACAACACACACUGGCACGCACGGACGGGGAUGUCAAUGUGAUUGAUUCGGCCCAUGGGGACUUCUUUUCCGUCUACCGAAGCCAGAAGUCGAAGGAGGGAGAGGGAGAGGACCAGGCAGAAGAAGGCUCACGGCUCUCAGCUAUGCUCGAUGGGUCUGCCUCGUGGUGGACCCAGUGCCUCGGACAUGCCGAUGCGGGCCUGACGAUGGCCGCUGCACGCGCCGCAGGCCGGUACGGCCACGUUCUCUUUCCCAUGAGCACCAACGAACCGGCGCUGAGGUUGACUGAAGGCCUCCUGGGCGUCGAAUCACAGCAGAAGAAGAAGAGGACGGCGAUGGCCUCGCCUGGCAAGGGCUGGGCUUCGCGCGUGUUCUUCAGCGACGACGGAUCGACGGGCAUGGAGGUGGCACUGAAGAUGGCGAUUGCGUCUUCGGUCCAGCGGUACGACCCUAGAUCGCUCACGUCGCAGACUGCCGAGCGAGUCGAGCCAGGGCGCAGUGCAGGCCAUGCGGGCGGGCGGAGCCGUGAGCAGGAGUGGACCGUGCUGGGGCUCCGAGGGUCCUACCACGGCGACACGAUUGGGGCCAUGGAUGCAUGCGAAGGCGGCAUCUUCAACUCGGCCGUCGAGUGGUACCGAGGGCGUGGCUCGUGGAUCGAGCCGCCGACCGUGUCGAUUCGCGACGGAGAGGCGACAGUCACGGUCCCGCAACGCGAAGAGGGGCAGCCCUGGGAUGAGCCAGGGCAGACGUUGACCUUUGGUGACAUCUCUGACGUCUAUGACGUUGAGGCUCGUCUCUCGUCUGAUCUUUGCGCCACCUACCGGAGGCAGCUGAGGAAGUGGAUCGAGGACCUCGUCGUUGUCCAGGGCAAGAAGUUUGGCGCCCUCGUCCUCGAGCCUCUGGUCCUAGGCGCAGGUGGCAUGGUCUUCGUCGACCCCCUGUUCCAGCGAUGUCUCGUGGAUGUCGUCCGAGACAGCGAGGAUCUCUUCACGCUCACCGACCCACCGCUCCGCUCUGCUCGCACGCCGCAGCCCCCUCGCGGCGAGGACGACUGGAGGGGCCUGCCUGUCAUCUUCGACGAGGUAUUCACAGGUCUCUACCGGCUUGGCUUCACCACCCCGGCCUCGAUCCUGGGCAUCAGGCCCGACGUCUCUGUCCUGGCCAAGAUCCUGACCGGGGGAAUGGUGCCCAUGUCCGUCACGCUGGCCCGCUCGAGCAUCUUUGACACGUUCAGUCAAUCGGACAAGAAGGUCGAUGCGCUGCUGCACGGACACAGCUACACGGCCCAUCCGAUUGGGUGCGAAGUGGCAAACGACACGCUGAGCCGCAUCGAGCGAAUGCGCACGGGAGGAGCGUGGAGCGAGGAGUGGCAGGACUGGGGCGCCGUGUCGAGCUCGGGCAGCAGCACAGGGGAGGACGAGGUCAAUCGGCCGUGGAGCUUCUGGAGCAAGGAGGCGACAUUGGCCUUUUCGAGGCAUCCCAAGGUCGAGAGCUGCAUGGCACUCGGCACCGUGCUGGUUCUCUACCUUCGUGAGGGCAAUGGCCGAGGCGGCUACUCAUCGACGGCAGGCGCAGAUAUGCUCAAGGAUCUACGAGACACGCAGGACGGCAGCUUCGAAUUCAAUAUCCAUGCCAGGCCGCUGGGCAACGUCGUCUACCUCAUGUCAAGCCUCAACACGCCGGUGCACGUCAGACGGGGCGCUGAGCGUGCCCUCGAGAAGGCCCUGAGUCGCAUGUAAAACGAGCUAAUCUCUUAGAAUAAUUGCUCUCGAUAAAUGGACAAAUCUAUUCAUCGGCU